AUGGCGGAAGGAGGAAUCGACCGCAAGAUGGAGGAGCGCAUGGAGUUUUCGACAUCCAAGGAAGUGCGUGUCGCUCCCACUUUUGAGGCCAUGCACUUGAAGGAGAACCUGCUCCGUGGAAUCUACGCAUACGGUUACGAGUCUCCCUCUGCCGUCCAGUCGCGCGCCAUCGUUCAGAUCUGCAAGGGUCGCGACACCAUCGCCCAAGCCCAGUCCGGUACUGGUAAAACUGCCACCUUCUCCAUCUCUAUUCUCCAGGUCAUCGACACUGCUGUGCGCGAGACUCAGGGUAUGUCGCAUAUUCUUGCAGUUGUCUCUCGGCCCAGUAUUGACUUUCUCANNGCUCUCGUCCUGUCUCCCACCCGCGAAUUGGCAACUCAGAUCCAGUCCGUUGUCAUGGCUCUCGGCGAUUACAUGAAUGUUCAAUGCCACGCAUGUAUUGGCGGCACUAACGUCGGCGAAGACAUCCGCAAGCUCGACCACGGUCAACACGUCGUCUCUGGAACCCCUGGACGUGUCGCUGACAUGAUCCGUCGCCGCAACUUGCGCACACGCAACAUCAAGAUGCUCGUUCUGGACGAAGCCGACGAGCUGCUCAACCGCGGUUUCCGCGAGCAAAUCUACGACGUCUACCGCUAUCUCCCUCCUGCCACUCAGGUCGUUGUCGUAUCGGCCACUCUCCCUUACGAUGUGCUCGACAUGACCACCAAGUUCAUGACCGACCCCGUCCGCAUUCUCGUCAAGCGUGACGAAUUGACCCUUGAAGGUCUCAAGCAGUACUUCAUUGCGGUCGAAAAGGAAGAAUGGAAGUUCGACACACUCUGCGAUCUCUACGACACCCUUACAAUCACACAAGCCGUCAUUUUCUGCAACACCCGCCGCAAGGUCGACUGGCUUACCGACAAGAUGCGUGAGGCCAACUUCACCGUCUCCUCAAUGCACGGCGAGAUGCCCCAAAAAGAGCGUGACAGCAUUAUGCAAGACUUCAGACAGGGCAACUCCAGAGUCCUCAUCUCCACCGAUGUCUGGGCUCGUGGUAUCGAUGUUCAGCAAGUUUCUCUUGUCAUCAACUACGACUUGCCCAGCAACCGUGAGAACUACAUCCACAGAAUUGGUCGUAGUGGAAGAUUCGGUCGCAAGGGUGUUGCCAUCAACUUCGUCACCAGCGAGGAUGUGAGAAUCCUUCGUGACAUCGAGCUUUACUACUCUACCCAGAUCGAUGAGAUGCCCAUGAACGUCGCCGACCUUCUUACCUGA